UUUUGAAACUGAACAAACUAUAUGGUGACAUAAAAUAUACCUACUUACCUAGCUUAAGCUCUGUCAUAUCCUAUAAAUAGUGGACUCUGGAGAUCAUUUAGAGCACAACACAUGAACUAACAAAAAUGGAAGUAAUGAAGAAGAAAGAAAACACCUCUAGAAAAAUGAAGGGUGGAAUGAUUACCAUGCCCUUCAUAUUUGCAAAUGAGAUAUGUGAGAAGUUGGCAGUGGUGGGAUUUGGUGCAAAUAUGAUAAUAUACUUGACAAAUGAGCUCCAUCUUCCAUUGACUAAAGCAGCUAAUACUCUUACAAACUUUGGUGGCACUGCAAGUUUGACUCCAUUACUUGGAGCUUUCAUUGCUGAUACCUUUGCAGGAAGGUUUUGGACCAUAACAAUUGCUUCUAUCAUCUACCAAAUCGGUAUGAUCAUUUUAACAGUAUCAGCAAUACUUCCUCAACUAAGGCCACCUUCUUGCAAAGGUGAUGAAUUUUGCAAAGAAGCAAAUUCUGGCCAACUAGCCAUUCUCUAUAUAUCAUUACUCCUAACAGCAUUUGGAUCAGGAGGAAUUAGGCCUUGUGUUGUAGCAUUUGGAGCAGAACAAUUUGAUGAAACUGAUCCAAAUCAAAAAACACAAACAUGGAAAUUCUUCAAUUGGUAUUAUUUCAGUAUGGGAUUUUCCAUGCUAAUAGCUGUGACAGUAAUUGUUUAUAUCCAAGAUAAUAUUGGAUGGGGUAUAGGAUUUGGAGUCCCAACUAUUGCUAUGCUUAUUUCAAUUAUUGUUUUCAUAUUUGGAUACCCUUUAUAUAGAAACUUGGAUCCUGCUGGUAGUCCUUUUACUAGGCUAUUGCAAGUUUGUGUUGCUGCUUACAAGAAAAGAAAAUUGGACAUGGUUUCUGAUCCUAGUUUCUUGUACCAAAAUGAAGAGCUUGAUUCUGCUAUUUCUACUGCUGGCAAGCUUGUUCACACUAAGCAAAUGAAAUUCUUGGACAGAGCAGCAAUAGUGACAGAGGAAGACAAUCGAAAAUCUCCGAAUCUAUGGAGGCUAAACACAGUUCAUCGCGUAGAAGAGCUAAAAUCGAUCAUAAGAAUGGGACCAAUAUGGGCAUCUGGAAUAAUUCUAAUCACAGCAUAUGCUCAACAACACACAUUCUCAGUUCAACAGGCAAAAACAAUGGACAGACACUUAAUAAAUUCCUUCGAAAUCCCAGCUGCAUCAAUGACAGUCUUCACAUUAACAGCAAUGUUAUGCACCAUUUGCUUCUAUGACCGCGUAUUUGUGCCUAUAGCACGUAAAUUCACUGGUCUAGAACGAGGCAUAUCGUUUCUUAGCAGAAUGGCUAUUGGGUUCUCUAUUUCAGUUCUAGCCACAUUAGUAGCUGGAUUUAUAGAAGUUAAACGAAAAGAAGCAGCCUUAACUCAUGGACUGAUCGAUAAAGGUAAGGCGAUUGUUCCCAUUUCAGUAUUUUGGCUUGUGCCUCAGUAUUGUUUACAUGGUGUGGCUGAGGCAUUUAUGUCAAUUGGACAUCUUGAAUUUUUCUAUGAUCAAGCACCAGAGAGUAUGAGAAGUACAGCUACUGCAUUAUUUUGGACAUCAAUUUCAGCUGGGAAUUAUUUGAGUACACUUUUGGUUUCAUUAGUGCAUAAAUUUACUUCAGGAUCUGGAGGAUCAAAUUGGUUACCUGAUAAUAAUUUGAAUAAGGGAAAAUUAGAGUAUUUUUAUUGGUUAAUCACAAUUCUACAAGUGGUUAACUUGAUUUACUAUCUGUUUUGUGCAAAAUUCUAUACUUUUAAGCCUAUUCAGGUACACAAGACAGAAGAUUUGGACUCUAAAAAAGAUAGUAUUGAACUUGUAAAUAAUGUUUAGUUUGUAUUAGCAUCUUGAUUUAGAAGGUUUUUGUAACUAUGGCCUGUGUUUAUGUCCUAUUAUGUAGUAAUAAUUUUAUGUUAGUAGGAAAGAAAAGAAUGGUAUAUAUAGUUAUAGUAGAUAAAGGAGAAAGUUUUUGAGAAAUAUUUUUAAUUGUAUUGCUCCAUAUUAAGUAUCAAGCAAUCCAUUAAUGGAUUUAGAUUCUGGUUUCAUA